ACCAGUUUUGGAUUGUGAAUGAAUUCAGUGAACAUCUUUAGACUCAUGCUUAAGUAAUGUUUUAGAGGAAAAAACACUGAAGUUCAGAAAUAUCCACUAGAAAUGGUGUAAAUUCUGAUCUGAUACUUGAGUUUAGGGACCAUUAGACUUCUGGUCACAUUUAUCUGCUUUGUUCAGAUUAGCAAUGCUUGCAAACUAGAAAGUUUAACUCUUUCCAUCUUUCAUAUAGGAUUAUGGCACUGUCAAGAUAUCCAAUUGUAAAAUCUACCCAUCACCUUCUCCCUUCUCCAGAGGGAGAGAUUGCACCUGCCAUCUCUAUGACUGUCAACUUCACGGGGAGACUGGUUGAUUUUGUUGUUGCACACUUUGGAAAUGAAGAAGAGGACUUGGACAGAAAACUUCAGGCUAUAGCUGUUUCAAAGUUGCUGAAGAAAAGCUCUAAGCAAGUUGUAUUUUUAGGAUAUAUCACUUCAGCUCCUGGAUCCAGAGAUUAUACUGAAUUAAUAGAAAAUGGAAAUGUCCAGGAUAUUGACAGUACAGAUCAUGACAGGUGGUGUAGCUAUAUUAUGUAUCGUGGAAUAAUAAGGUUGGGCUAUGCCCGCAUAUCUCACGCUGGUUUAAGUGACUCAGAAGUCCAAAUGGCCAAAUUUAGAAUCCCAGAUGACUUAGAUAACUAUGUUGACAAUGACAGAGUUGUCAUUGAUCCCAGCCAAGUUCCUGAGGACAUCCAUUUCAAUCCCAGGUUUGGAUCUUAUAAAGAUGGACAUAAUUAUGAUGAGAGUAUUCACCAUUUUCAUAUGAGCACCCCUAAAUAUUUUAAACAAACACAUUAGAGUAAGAAAAUAAUGUAUCAUGGUGACCAGCAAGAAAGGUUUGUUGUUUGAUACUGAACUGGCCAAAAAGAAUACACUGCUUAAGGAUGAGGAGCCCCAUGCUGUGUAACACUGUGAACAUCCGUGUAAUAGUUGGUGACUCUCUGAUUUAUCAUUGUUGUGAGAGGGAAGUUGCAUAUAUUUUGAUAUACUGGAAUCCUCUUGAGCCAGGUAUCUGUUUUGUAUACAUGAAAGCAAAAAUGGAACUUGCUUUGGCAAUAAUUUACUCAAUUUUAUUAAACAUAUCAUAUGUUGUACUGUUUCAGAGUUUAAUGGAUCUAUCCUUUUCUUCAGUGUUAAGAUAUGACCCCUUUCCUCUCUUGAUAGUUCCUUGGAACAGUCAUAAGCAAGGAGGUGCAGCAAACUUCCACACUUUUUUUGGUGACAAAGCAAAAUAAUGUGGGAUUGAAGGAAAUCUUUUGAUACAUGCUGCACUUUGUAGUUCUGUUGCUAUUACAAUAACAAACUUGGCUGCCUUUUUUUUUCCCAAAACAGAAAUAAGACUAUUUUUAAUUAUGAAACAUGCAGGAACUGUUUGAAUGUAUGCACGUUUUUCAGUUCUAUCUUCUUUCAUUCCACAUUAUAUUCUUAAAAAAAAAAAAUACAGUUUUAGGACAAUUUGCAGAUGACUGAUACAGUAUUGGUGAAAACUGUUAUUCUUACAGACUUUAACAAGAGGUUAGACACUGCAGUGUUUUUACAAAGUGCAUGAGGUACCUCUGAAUAGCUAUUGUUCUAUGACAUUUGUGUGAACACAGCAUGGAAGUUUGUUUUUUUUUCUUCAAUCAUGCUUACCAUAAUGCAGUUCCUGUGAAGGGAGAAAAGUUGGUUGCAAUUUCUAUUCCCUGUGCUUACAGUAGUUUUCAUCUGCAAGUGCUAGCAGCCUGUCUCUUCUCACAGCCUUCAUCGGGUACUGACACCAACAUUGCACAGUAGUACAGAGUAUGCUCAUUUCUCUGCAGCAUGCUCUGAUGCUAGCUCUGACUCACGUCCAGACACAGGUUUGCCUUUCCACAGCAUGUACAAAACAUAACGUUAGCUUGCCACAUCACUUGUUAUUUUCCAUAGUCUGACUCUACAGAUACCUUGUAAUAUGAACAGUUUAUUCAUGUGAGAUGAAGGACAUAGUAUUCAUAAAAGCUUGAAACUUACUUUUUUAACAACUAAAAACAGAAUCAGGGCAUUUUUCAUAAAGUCAGACUCCAAAGCUUGACUUGUAGUAACAGAUCAGACUAUAUGUCUUCUCUGUGUGUAAUAGUCAAAGUCUGUGUACGUACUUGAAUGGCUUUUCUUGGGAUUUAGAGACGUUUUCCCCAUUAGAAAUCUUCAUAUAGACAUGCAUAAAACCUCAGGUUUAAAUACUCUAUUCCUUUGAGUAGCUCAUGCAAUGUAACGCUGGUACUUUUGUACCUCACAAUGUCUAAAUAUCAUGCUGUAUGCAAAUGUGAUGUGUAUCAGUUAUACAUUAACAGCUGGAUUAUUAUCUCAGAAUGACUAAGAGAAACAGUGACCGUGAGCUGUAUAGUGCUGCUACUCUGCAGUUAGAAUUUGGAAGGUAAACUACACUUGAUUUGUCCUUGAAACUUUGCGUUGUUCUAAUCCCCUUCAUCUGAUUAGUUUAGAAAAAUGUGGAACACAUUUCCUAGUUGCAAUCAAUGCUUCAAACUAUGAAAGAAAUGUGCUAGAACAGGUCCUGCUGCAGGGGCAUGUGACUGAUCCUGCUGUUUUCUAAUCAUACUUCUUUCAUCUCAGCUUUCAUAAGGUAUUAUGUUAUGAAAUAGAACAUAUGUGGGUGUCUUUGACUGUACCUUCAGAGAUAGCAUGGAAAGAUAAAAUGUAUAAAAUAAUCAUGUUUUAUUUUCUAAACACUUGAUUUUUUUUUCUUUUUUUUUUUUCCUG